GGGGUGGAUUAGUGCUGUGGUGGACAGGUCGAGAAGGGACUCAUCAUUACACUCGGAUCUACAUUCUACUCCAGCAACAGUCUCUGGACGGGUUCCCGCAGGCUACAGUGCGACCACCUGCGCUUGAAAACCCGGCAAAGGCGGUGGCUGCUGCCCAGAGAGGAGACGCACCGAGACAAGUUGAAGAAAAGCUGCGACACAGACAGACAGCAGCAGGCAUGUCAGCCGCCGGGGAAGUGCCAGGCUUCUUUCAGAGCAUGGGCUCGGACAGCCCGUCCAGGCCCAGGCAGAAAUUCUGUGGCAUGUUCUGCCCGGUGGAAGGCUCCUCGGACAGCAAGACGCUGGACUUUGACGCGCUGUCGGUGUGCAGGGGCAAGAGCGGCGGCCGCGUCAUCGACCGGCAGACCGACAUCUCCCAGCCCAAGAAGCUGGAGAUCCGGCACAGCACGGGGAAGGAAGCCCUGCAGAACCUGGAUGACAAACGGAGCGACCGCCUCCUAAUCAAAGGGGCCAAGAUUGUGAAUGAUGACCAGUCCUUCUGCGCUGACAUUUACAUGGAGGAUGGAGUCAUUAAACAAAUUGGAGAGAACCUCAUCGUUCCCGGAGGGGUGAAAACCAUCGAUGCCCACGGUCGCAUGUUGAUGCCCGGCGGCAUCGACGUGCAUACUCGUUUCCAGAUGCCUGAUCGCGGCAUGACAGCUGCCGAUGACUUCUACCAGGGAACCAAGGCAGCGCUGGCCGGGGGCACCACCAUGAUCAUUGACCAUGUUAUACCUGAGCCCGGCAUCAGCCUCAUCUCGGCCUUCGAGCAGUGGCGUGAAUGGGCCGACGGCAAGUCCUGCUGCGACUACUCGCUCCACGUUGACAUCAUCGAGUGGCACAAGGGAAUCCAGGAAGAAAUGGAAGCGCUCGUGAAGGAUCACGGUGUCAACUCCUUCCUCAUCUACUUGGCUUAUAAGGAUAUUUUCCAGCUUACUGAUGCUCAGGUGUACGAGGUGUUCGGGGUGAUCCGAGACAUGGGAGCCAUCGCCCAGGUUCACGCUGAGAACGGGGACAUCAUCGCUGAGGAGCAGCGCCGGAUGCUGGAGCAGGGGAUCACGGGACCUGAAGGACACGUGUUGAGCCGUCCUGAGGAGGUGGAGGCGGAAGCUGUAAAUCGUGCCGUGACUGUGGCCAAUCAGACAAACUGCCCCUUGUAUGUCACCAAGGUGAUGAGCAAAAGCGCUGCUGAUGUCAUCGCUCAGGCCAGGAAGAAGGGCACCGUGGUCUUUGGAGAGCCCAUCGCUGCUAGCUUGGGAACAGACGGUUCACACUACUGGAGUAAAAACUGGGCCAAAGCGGCGGCUUUUGUCACCUCCCCUCCCCUGAGCCCUGAUCCGACCACACCAGACUAUCUCAACUCCCUGCUGUCCUGUGGUGACCUGCAGGUGACAGGAAGUGCACACUGUCCCUUCAACACGGCCCAGCGGGCCGUCGGGAAAGACGACUUCAGCUUGAUCCCCGAGGGCGUCAAUGGAACCGAGGAGAGGAUGUCUAUCAUCUGGGACAAGUGUGUCGUGACGGGUAAGAUGGACGAAAACCAGUUUGUAGCUGUGACCAGCACCAACGCUGCCAAGAUCUUCAACCUGUACCCCCGGAAGGGACGCAUCGCCGUGGGUUCGGAUGCUGAUCUGGUGCUCUGGGAUCCAGACGUCACAAAGAUCAUCUCUGCCAAGAGCCACAACUCGAAUGUGGAGUACAACAUCUUUGAAGGCACAGAGGUGCGCGGCGGGCCUCUCGUGGUCAUCAGCCAAGGGAAGAUGGUCUUAGAAGAAGGGACUCUGCACAUCACCGAGGGUUCGGGUCGUUACGUGGCCCGCAAGCCUUUCCCUGACUACGUCUACAAGAGGAUAAAAGCUCGGAGCAGGCUGGCUGAGCUGAGGGGCGUACCCAGGGGACUGUAUGACGGCCCAGUCUGCGAGGUGUCAGUCACGCCUAAAACCAUGACUCCUGCGUCCUCUGCCAAGACCUCGCCCGCCAAGCAGCCCAACCAGCCCGUCCGUAAUCUGCACCAAUCUGGCUUCAGCCUAUCUGGUGCUCAAGUCGAUGACAACAUUCCUCGCAGGAACACCCAGCGCAUUGUGGCGCCCCCGGGCGGCAGGGCCAACAUCACCACCCUGGGUUAAAGUGCUGCAUCCUGCUGCAGAGGAGGAAAUGCAGGUUUGUGGAAGGAUGGCCUUCAGUAGCUGCGGAGGACCUGAGGCGACGUCAUCACCCGAAGCCUUCACAGCACCUGGGCGAGCCAUCUUUCAGCCCUGAUCUAACAAUUCCUCCUUUUAUUUGGUUGUUUUUUUCACCCAACUACCCUCUUCACCAAAACCUGAUUCUAGUGGACACAGUUAGAAAGAAAGAAAGAAAGAAAGAAAUAGACAAAAAAGAGAAAGUUCUGCCUCAUGUGAUGGGAAAAAACAUUUUGAGUUUUGUGUUGGUGUUGUUUUACAUUAAGGGGUCAGGUGAGACUAAACUGAACACAGUUGAGAAAUGAGGAUAAAAGUUCAUGCCGGAUGUAUAUCCUUUCAUUCUUUUCAUUUUGGGAGAAGUUGAAAUGAAGUAUGGGUACAAAACAAGUGUUAUGUUGUUUGAAAUUGAAACCUUGCAAUUUUGCAGCCGCGUCAAAUCUACAAGCUCUUGACUCACUGAAUACCUGUGACUUUAGUUAUGUUUUAUCGUAAUUGUUAUCCUUUUUGAAAUUUGAUGAUUUGCUAUGAGGGCUGCCUUAAGAUUUGAGACUAUUAAACACAGCUUAUUUUUUACUUAAUUGCAGUCGCUUCACGUUUUCCCGCCUGCAGUUUUGCAAACGGUACACGAAUCGCAAUCCGGAUGGAGAGUUUUGCAGAGCAGAGAUCUUCAGCAUGUAGUAAAUAGAGCUUUACGUGUUAUCUCUAAGUUUUAGGUCUAAGUAGCAGAAUAAAUGGGAAGGAUUUAUGCAGGUUAACGAAAGUUUUACUCACUCAUGUCAAAGCCUUUCCUCGUCUCACUGUCUCUCAAAUCCGUCCUUUAUCGAGAGCUUUUGCGGGGAAAGUGCCGUUCACUACACAGCUGCUCAUUUUCCACUUUUUUAUUUGUUUUUUCUUGUCUCGAUCGACAGCUGGAGAGUUAUUUUACUAGCCGUUCAUCACCAAGCAGUGCAUUUACAUACUGAAUGUUUCACCUCUUCCACAUGUGACUGUUUUACACUCAUGACACUCCCUCCUUUACUUUCUACUCUUUAUGUGCCUGAACCAACAGGAGCUGUACUGAUACUUUGAUUUGAUGCUUCUUGUUUUGUUAUUCCUUUGGGGUAAACGAAGGAUGUAAGAUAAAAAAAAAAAAAGAUGUAAAAUAGCCAGGAUUAACCGAUUCAAAGGUGCCAGAUUUUGCGCUUUCGUAGGGCCUACUCUAGAGAUAGAGCCCCUGUAAAGACGAAAAAUUGCUCAAUAUCUUGAAAUGUUCUAAUGUUUGAGUUUUUACCUUGUUGUCAAACUGCUUUUUAGUGUCAUUCUGUAACUAGGUGCCUGAGGGCUGAGCACUAUUGAUUUAUGCUUGAAAGUAGACGAGCUGUUGUACUUGUGACUCGUGUGCAGUGUUGACGUGGGAAGGAUGGGACACUUAACUGUGGUGGAUGUCAAAUCGCUCAAGGGGCUCAUCAGGACCAUCUUUUAUCUCUUAACAGCCUUGUUUUCACGAAACCACCGUCAAGGCUCCAUCACGGGCAAAAGGAGGAGUUAUUCCUUUAAUUAAGACCAGUUUAAGCUUCUGACAUUCUGAGACCAAAGUUUGUUCUUGCCUCUUAACGUCAAAUUGAGUCGUUCUUUCUGCAUUUAGCCCACAAAUCAUUCUCUAACUUUUACACAUUAAUAAUGUAGAUGUACAAACGGGCACCACCACCACUCUGUGUUUGUGCUUUCAGACUCAGUUGCUCCGGGCAACCGACGCUAAUGCCCCCACUCCCAACCCCAACCCCUAGAGAUAACUGGAUGCCUGUUGAAGGCAAAGUGUCAGUGUUACAAAUGCAGCAUGCAUUUAAAGAAUCCAAGGCGGGCGGGAUGUAGCAAAGUUAUGUCUCCAAAGCAUUUGAAAGAUGGGAAAUCACCUCAACCUCCGGGUCAAAUCCCACACCACACAAGGUUUUGUUUGGUUUCUAUAACUGUUUGAACGAGUGCUGCUUCCCUUCUUUUUUUUUUUUUUUUUUUUUUUUUUUUUUAAGCAUCAGCUAUGGCUGACGCUGUUAGUUUGGUGGCAGCGCUGAUGAGGGUGAAGUCCACCAACACAGCUUUGCAGCUGCUGCUCUGUCCACUUUCCCCCUUCCUUUAUUUCAACUCCCUCCCUUGGAUCUUUUCGUUGUUUCAAGCUGUUGCCGUGGCGACAGACCCUCUCCACUCUCCUUCCCUUGGUUUUGUUUGUCGUGGCAACACUGGGUAGAUUGGACGUUGUCCCUAGCAACCUGAGCAGACACAUGCAUAUUUUUUUUAAAUGAUCCUGUCACGGUGCAACAACAUCCCUACAAAGUCCUGCGCCGACGUUUGAGGAAUCCAGACUCCGCUGCACCUUGAAAAGAAUCCGUUAUAGCGCUGAAAGCACUCCGGAGAAACACACACACAGUUAGCCACAUCAGUCGUUGCUGUGACGCAGCACGCGUGUGUGAAGAAUUGCAAUCGAUGCCAUCCUCACCGUGUCCCAUGCCUCCUCAGUCGACACACACGCACACACUUAUAUCCCUUUGAUGCUCUGUCAGCUUGGAUGCUUUUUUCUAUACCAUGUUAUGCUAAUGAUAUGUGAGUGACAUGUACGUAUACGACGUGCUGCAGACUGAGAGGGACUUCCUUCUAUUCUCAAGUUGUUGAUGCUGUUGAACACCUUCUUUGCCCCCCUGAGCCCUGUCAGUAGCGACUCUGUAAGCCUUUCUCCCGUUUGUGAAAGUGAACCUGUGUGACGGUGUUUGUCUUGGUGGCUGCGGGGCUUCUGGGAUGCUUGCUUGUUAUGGAAAAAGUGUCAAAUCCCAUGGAUGCUGAUGUAAGAAAAAUAAACGGAACAACAAGGACUUCAAAUAAUUAAAAAAAGAGGAAAAAAAAGGAAAUGAAAUGUGUUCUUCU